GUGCGGGGCUGGUAACGUGGCAGACGACUACGAAGACCUAGGAUCCGAACGGGAGACAGACAUGUGUUGCCGGGAUCACGACAACUGUCCUGACCUCAUACUGGCGGGGGAAACCAAGAAUAACCUGACCAAUUCAGCUUUCUACACCAGGUUAAGUUGCGAAUGCGAUGAAGGGUUUCGAAAAUGUCUCCACGAUGCGAACAGCACCACAGCCAAACGCAUCGGAGUUAUUUAUUUCAAUGCACUGGGGACAAAAUGCUACAGGAAGGAUUAUCCGAUUGUGAAAUGCACAAUGCGCGGAGGUUGGUUCAAAAGGAAAUGUUUACGGUACGACGUCGAUAUGAAUGAGGAUCAGAUAUACCAAUGGUUCGACGUGAAUAACUAUUGAUAGCCGAUGAUGAAUCAAUAGUAAUAGAACUAAUAGAAGAAGAAAUAAUUAAUAAUUUAUAAAUGAACUGGGAACAAAACACGCACGAUCAUCCGGC